ACUCCCGACAGCCUUCCAACUCUGUGAAUUCCUGACACCAUGAGUUACUACGGCGGCUACUAUGGAGGCCUGGGCUAUGGCUAUGGUUCCCGUUAUGGCUGUGGAUGUGGCAGCUUCCGUGGUCUAGGCUAUGGCUUUGGCAGCUGUGGGUACAAAGGUCUAGGCUAUGGAGGCUAUGGCUAUGGUGGCUAUGGUGGCUAUGGUGGCUAUGGUGGCUAUGGCUAUGGCAGCUGCCGCCCAUCUUGCUGUGGACAGUAUUCUUCCUAUGGCUUCUAUUGAAAAACCACUUGCUUCUGAACUGUUAUGGGAUCCUCGUCACUCUUUGCUUUGAACUAAUUCUACUGAAUUGUAAGGACAUCUUGUUAUCUGCCUCAAUGGCUGAGAGGCAUGAGAGAGCUGCCACAAGAAGGCCUUGGAAUACCUAUGGAGCACUCAGAGUAGCACAGUGAGAAGCAACAGGACCUGGUCUUCUGGGAAAUGAUUCAGAACCUCACCUUUCAAGAUGGAGAUUACCUCAACAACCUCUAGUUUUGAGCAACUUUGCUUUUUACCCCAUGCUGAUGUGUCUGUCAUAAUGUUCUAAUAAACUUGUUUCAA